UACACUACAUAUAUUAUAUAUGAUAUGAUAUGAUAUUCCAUUCUAUUGGAGAGCCGCAUUGCAGAGACUGAGAUAGAUGAUGGGUAGACGCUGUGUUUUAUUCUGCUCGUUUCUCUUUUACUCUUCUUGCAUAGUUAUAGUUGCAUCUUCAAGGCACUUGGGAAAUGGACCCAGUAGCAGGAAAAUGCUGCUUGACAAUGGCCUUGCUCUCACUCCUCCAAUGGGCUGGAACAGUUGGAAUCAUUUCCACUGCCAGAUAAAUGAGAAGGUUGUCAGAGAAACAGCUGAUGCUUUAGUCUCAACCGGGCUGGCUCAGCUUGGCUAUGUGUACGUCAAUAUAGAUGAUUGCUGGGGUGAAUCAAAACGAGACUACCAGGGCAAUCUUGUGGCCAACAAGACCACAUUUCCCUCUGGAAUUCAAGCUCUAGCAGAUUAUGUUCAUAGCAAAGGUCUCAAGUUAGGAAUAUAUGCAGAUGCAGGGCUUAGAACCUGUACAGGAAAAGUGGCGGGGUCACUUGGGCAUGAAGAGCAAGACGCAAACACAUUUGCUUCAUGGGGGAUCGACUACUUGAAGUAUGAUAAUUGUUACAACAAUGAUGUGAAACCAACCGUUAGAUACAAAGCAAUGUCUAGCGCUCUAAAGAAGACAGGGCGCCCCAUCUUUUUCUCUCUGUGUGAAUGGGGGGACAUGCGUCCAGCUCUGUGGGGAGCAGAUGUUGGGAAUAGCUGGAGAACCACUGAUGAUAUUUCAGACUCAUGGGAGAAAAUGCUUAAGGCGGCUGACAUGAACGAAGUGUUUGCUGAAUAUGCUAAGCCUGGUGGUUGGAAUGACCCUGAUAUGCUAGAAGUGGGAAAUGGAGGAAUGAAGUAUAAUGAAUACGUGGUGCAUUUUAGCAUAUGGGCCGUCUCUAAGGCACCACUCCUUUUAGGAUGUGAUAUAAGAUCUGUGACCAAUGAGACUAUGCAGAUUAUCAGCAACAAGGAGGUAAUUGCUAUUAAUCAAGAUUCAUUGGGUGUUCAGGCAAGAAAAGUUAGAAUGGAAGGCGAGAGAGAUAUAUGGGCUGGACCGCUAUCUGGGGACAGAGUAGUAGUACUCUUUGUAAACAGAAAGCCGUGGAUAUCUUCUAUGACUGCUCAUUGGGAUGAUAUCGGUAUCAAUCCAGCUGGUGCACCAGUUGAAGCAAGAGAUGUAUGGGAGCAUCGGACUCUUCCAACUCCAUUUCAAGAGAAAUUAACAACAGAAGUGGAUCCUCAUGCAUGCAAGCUCUAUGUGCUGACCCCAAUCUCAUAGCGCAUAGCUUCCUUUUCUUUUUCUCUCUCUUUUUAGCUUCUUCGUUUUAUUGUUUUGAGUAUCUGUAAUUAUAUAAGCAUUGAGCAUUUAAUGUAUCCCCAUAUCAUCAACUUAAAGUUACAAUACAAAUGUGUAUUGAAUUUGACUUUAUCAUGACAGCAA